GAAGGAGCAGCAGCAGCUUUACCUGUCACUCUGCUAAACUACGGCAACCCCGAUCGUUCUCGCUUGCGGUCGCGGAGAUCUCCGCGUGCUCUCUAUCAUGGCGACCUCCUCCCGCACACACAGGGGCAAGCAGAAGAAGCCCACGGCCCUCCUGAUUCCGCUUCUGUCUGUCACCGCCUCCGUGGCCGUCGCCAUUGUCUGGAUCCUCCUUUCGCCUCUGGUCCAUCCUCCUCGCUCGCCGCAGGGGAGGGAGCCAUCGAGAGGGUUGGAUCGGAAGUACCUGUAUUGGGGAGGGCGGAUCGACUGUCCCGGGAAGCAUUGCGACUCCUGCGCCGGAUUGGGGCAUCAAGAGUCCAGCCUCCGAUGUGCCCUAGAGGAAGCUCUCUUCCUCCAAAGAGUAUUAGUGAUGCCCUCUAGAAUGUGCAUCAACCCAUUGCACAACAAGAAAGGGAUCCUCCACCAGCAAAGCAAUGCAAGUUCUGAUGAAAGGUGGGCAGCAAAUUCAUGUGCAAUGGACUCUUUGUAUGAUCUUGAUGCCAUCUCGAGUAAAGUAGAAGUGAUAUUGGACAAUUCAAAGAUGUGGUCCCAUGCACUGUCAACAAGUAUGAAACUAGGAGACAGUGGAGUGGCACAUGUUGAAGGAGUUGGCAAGGUUGUCCUAAAAACAAGUAGCCAUUUUUCCAGUGUUUUGCUAAUAAACCGCACAGCUAAUCCCCUAGCAUGGUUUAUGGAGUGCAAGGAUCGAACCAAUCGCACCAGUGUUCUGCUUCCAUAUUCUUUUCUCCCAACUAUGGCUGCCCCAAAAUUAAGAGAUGCAGCAAACAAGAUCAAAGGCUUGCUAGGUGAUUAUGAUGCUAUUCACGUGCGCCGAGGGGAUAAGAUAAAAACCAGAAAGGACCAGUUUGGAGUUACAAGGACGCUCCAUCCUCACCUUGAUAGAGACACUCGCCCUGAGUUCAUUCAACAGAGAAUAGCAAAAUGGAUUCCGCCCGGACGUACAAUUUUUAUUGCUUCAAAUGAGAGAUCACCAGGCUUCUUCUUGCCACUUGCUGCUAGGUAUAAGCUGGCAUUCUCAUCGAACUUCUCAGACAUAUUGGACCCAGUUAUUCGCAAUAAUUACCAGCUGUUCAUGGUGGAAAGAUUAGUCGUGAAGGCGGCAACAACAUAUGUGAAAACCUUCAAGGAAGAUGAGAAUGACAGAAGCCUCACUGAUGACCCAAAGAAGAACGUCAAACGCUGGCAAAUACCUGUUUACACCAUGGAGUCGAAUAGAGUACCAGAAGAAACAUGAAUCUGUGUAUCUUAUCAUUGACUGUGAUUUAUGUGUGUUCUUGUUGUAUAUAUACAAAUUUAUCACUCUCUUUUUUCCGUGUAUCUUAUCAUUGACCGUGAUUUAUGUGUGUUCUUGUUGUAUAUAUAA